ACUUGCAAGCAACUUAAACUCGAAAAAUCUCUCACAUACAAUCAUCACAAGUUUCCAAAAUCAUCAACUAAGUAUCUCCAAAAAAAGAAAAAGAAAACUAGAGAAAGCAAGAAAUGGAUAAACUACCAAAAUGUGAAGCAAAUUAUGUAGCUCUUACUCCCCUCACCUUCUUGAAGAGGGCUGCAGCCGUUUACUCGAAUCGUGCAUCCGUCAUACACCGCGGCGUCCGUUUCACGUGGCGGCAGACCUACGAGCGGUGUUGCCGCCUCGCCUCCGCCCUCAACUCGCUCAACGUUGUCAACAACGACGUUGUAUCGGUGUUGGCUCCCAACAUUCCGGCGUUGUACGAGAUGCACUUCGCCGUGCCCAUGGCCGGCGCCGUGCUCAACGCCAUCAACACGAGACUCGAUGCCAAAACCAUCGCCACCAUUCUCAGGCACUCGGAGGCCAAGAUUUUCUUCAUUGAUUACGAGUUCGUGCCAGUAGCGAGGGAUGCAUUGAGGCUUCUGAUGCCGGGCACGUCGAUGCCGCUGGUGGUGGUGAUCGACGACAUCGACUGCCCCACCGGGAUCCGCCUGGGCGAGCUCGAGUACGAGGCGCUGCUCUCGCAGGGGAAUCCCCGAUUCGUGCCGGCGGAGAUCGCCGACGAGUUGAGCCCGAUCGCCCUCAACUACACCUCCGGCACGACGUCGGAGCCCAAGGGGGUGGUGUACAGCCACCGCGGCGCCUACCUGAGCACCCUCAGCCUCAUCCUCGGCUGGGGGAUGCCGACCGAGCCGGUCUACAUGUGGUCCCUCCCCAUGUUCCACUGCAACGGCUGGACCUUCACGUGGGGCGUGGCCGCGCGCGGCGGCACCAACGUCUGCAUCCGCUCCACCACCGCCGCCGAGAUGUACGGCGCCAUCGCCGCCCACGGCGUCACGCACAUGUGCUGCGCGCCGAUCGUCUUCAACCUCCUGCUGGACGCCAAGCCGCACGAGCGCCGCCCCCUCGUCGCCCCCGUGGAGAUCCUGACGGGCGGCGCGCCACCGCCGGCGGCGCUCCUGGAGAGGAUCGAGAGGCUAGGGUUCCACGUGGUGCACGCGUACGGGCUGACGGAGGCGACGGGGCCGGCGCUGGUGUGCGAGUGGCAGAGGAAGUGGGACCGGGUGUCGGGGGAGGAGAAGGCGCGGCUGAAGGCGCGGCAGGGGAUCAGCAUCCUGACGCUGGCCGACGUUGACGUGAAGGAUCCGGAGACGAUGGAGAGCGUGGCGCGCGACGGCAAGGCCAUGGGGGAGAUCGUGCUGCGCGGGAGCAGCAUCAUGAAAGGCUACCUCAAGGAUGAGAAGGCCACGUCCGAGGCCUUCCGCAACGGCUGGUUCUUCACCGGAGACGUCGGGGUUAUACACCCCGACGGCUACGUCGAGAUCAAGGACCGGUCAAAGGACGUGAUCAUCUCCGGUGGGGAGAACAUCAGCAGUGUGGAGGUCGAGGGAGCGCUCUACAAGCACGACGACAUCGUCGAGGCGGCGGUGGUGGCCAUGCCGCACCCUAAGUGGGGGGAGAGCCCAUGCGCCUUCGUCAAGUUGAGGGACUCCGCCGCGCCCUCGGAGGCCGAGAUCAUCCACCACUGCCGGAACAACCUGCCGCAUUUCAUGGUGCCCAAGAUGGUGCAGUUUAUGGAUGAACUGCCCAAGACUGCGACGGGGAAGAUUCAGAAGUUUCAGCUGAGGGCUAUGGCGAAGACGUUUGUGCCUCCGCCGGAGAAGAGGAGGCGGCAUGAUCAUCGCCACAAUAAUAAUCAGGACCAGCUUAUGGCUUUGUCUCGUCUCUGAUCAAAUCAAGAUAUAUACUUAAUUAAUUAAUCAUAGCCUAUACUAUACCUAUUCCAAAUUAACACCCUUCAUCUCCUCAAUACGUGUAUUGUUAAUUAAUCAUGUUUUUGUGAAGUUGCGAUAUUGAUUGAGAGAAUCAUUAUAGCUUUGUACGUGAAAUAAAAUUGUUGGUGUGACAAUAUUAA